UUUUACUUAAGACACGAACAUCCGUCAAUGUCAAAUUUGCUAAUAAAAUUGACGACUGUUGUUUUUUUUUCAUUCGCAUUGUAUCGGUUCAUUUGGUUUUGAAUGAAACAUUUCGUUUCGUACUUUUAACGGCUCAAUCCAAUUGAUGAUUGAGACAAAGUAGAGUUGUAACUAAAGAAUUGCAUUUGAUACGAUACAAAUAACAAAACCAUGGCAAGUAGAGGUGGUCGUGACGGUGAAUCGAUGGAUACAUCAUCAAGUAGUCUAAAUACAAGUCAAUUUGGUCCAUCAACUGUUCCAUCGAUGCAAUCACACACUGCCGCCGGUUCAACAGCCACUUCAUCACAGAAAUCCAGCAGUAAUUCUAAUCCCAGCGGUGGUGAAGCAACGUCAAGCAGCCAAACGAUGCUUGCUAAUUAUAAAUACAUUGAAAACUAUGAUUUUCCCUAUUGUGACGAGUCAACUAAAUAUGAGAAAGUGGCGAAAAUUGGUCAGGGCACAUUCGGUGAAGUGUUCAAAGCACGUGAAAAACGUUCCAACAAGAAAUUUGUCGCGAUGAAAAAAGUUCUUAUGGAUAAUGAAAAAGAAGGCUUUCCAAUUACGGCGUUGCGAGAGAUUCGAAUUUUGCAACUCUUGAAACACGAAAAUGUGGUGAAUUUGAUUGAAAUCUGUCGCACAAAGGCCUCUGCACACAAUCGAUACCGCUCAACCUUCUACUUGGUGUUCGACUUUCUUCUGGGCGAUCGAAACUACGGGCCACCGGUCGAUAUGUGGGGCGCGGGAUGUAUAAUGGCUGAAAUGUGGACGCGAUCACCAAUCAUGCAGGGAAAUACCGAACAACAACAGAUCAUUUUCAUUUCACAGCUUUGUGGCUCCUUCACACCAGAAGUGUGGCCAGGUGUGCAGGAUUUGGAGCUCUAUUCGAAAAUGGAGUUGCCAAUGGGACACAAGCGAAAGGUGAAAGAUCGACUGAAAGCCUAUGUUAAAGAUUCGCAUGGCUGUGAUUUACUAGACAAACUAUUGCAAUUGGAUCCAAAGACGCGAAUCGAUGCGGAUGCCGCACUGAAUCAUGAUUUCUUCUGGUCGGAUCCAAUGCCAUGCGAUCUAAGCAAAAUGUUGUCGCAUCAUUUGCAAAGUAUGUUCGAGUAUUUGGCUCCGCCACGUCGGCCAGGCCACAUGAUGCGACACUAUCAGCAAAUGAACGCCAGCCAAAUGCAAAAUCGCACCCAAGACAAUAGCUAUCAGGAUCGCGUUUAUUAAUUUAGAUAGAGAGAUUCAAUAACAAAUUUUCGGUGUUUGGGUUCACGCGCGAAAUUCAAAUACACAAACACAACGACCGAAUGGUAAAAUCAUCAAUCUCGAUGAUUGAUCCGGUAUGGAAUUACGGAACGAAUUACUAGAAAUUAGCCACAUUACAAACGAUAUUAUAUACGAUACUUGCGACUGCAUUUUAGUGUUUAAAACCGGCUUUUUACUCAAGCUCUACACCUUUUCUUUCUUUUUCUAUUUCAAAAAUGCCCAUAAAUGGACGGAAAUAAUUACGUUUCAGUUGAAUUUUUUUUCUCUGUCUUUUCUUCGUUGCGUUUGUCUGUGCAAAGUAAAUUUGUACCGUUUUGUUUUUCUAAUUGCCGAUACAAUUGAACACAUUAUUUUUUUUUGAUAAUUUUAUAAAUUGGUUUAAAUGUAAUUUGUAUCAGUGUGUUGGGUUAUAGACGAACCAAAUAGUUUCUAUCAAUCGAUCAAGGAAAUAUGAUUAAAAUAUUUAGAAUUUAUACUUAUAAAUAUUAUUCCGCAAGCAUUGUUACCCAUGUAGAUCACUGUGUUCUCCUGGUUUGAGUCCAUUCAAAUUCAAAAAUAUUUGUGAGCGAUAAUUCUCUAAUAAUCCUUGAAGACGAUAUCGAUGAUUAUUCUAUUCAAAUAUUGAUACAUCGAUAUUUCACCACAUUUUCUAUGCCUUUAGAGCAUAAAAAGUAACACAAAUACUGAAAAAAAGUGAAUUUCCGUGGCUACAAAAACAAAAAACUCACAUUUAAUAGAAAAAUUGACUCAAGUCAAGAGAAACGGAUAACACAAACUGUAACAAAAUCACAAUAUCCAUUGUACUACUCAGAUAAUGAGUUCAUUUUGAUAGACUGUCGUAAAGCAUACACAAAAAUUGGCAAAAUCUAACAAAUUCAUUUUUGUUAUUUGUUACUCUGGAACAAGGGAAUACACUAUGAAAUAAAAUGAGCCUCAAAAAUGUUGUAUUUAAGUGCAAACGAAAAUAAGAAACGGUGUUUUGAUACUUCAUUUGAAAUUGGUA